AUGCAUUGGAAACAACAGGCCAUCUACGCGGGCAUUAUCGUGUUAGGCCUUAUCUUCACCGGCAUCGUCGUUGCAUCCGGCCAUCGCAAAACACCCGACCAAGACAAAGAUCUCGAAAUCGAUGAACACUUCAGAACCCAACACUUGCGUCUCCCCAAGAUUCCUAAAGAGCAACGCAGGAGAAGAGAAGGCGAAGGAUGGUGGAUUGAAGCUGACAAUUAUGCUGGUCGAGAUGCAUUUACGAGGAGGAUGUGUGAGUUCGGUUAG